UUCUUGUGUAUUUUUUUUCCAAGUUCCAGAAAGUUCUAGAGCGUCUCGCGUGUGUAUAUAAAGCGCAGCGGCCAUCUUCAGUCAGUCAUUCAAAUUCACACCAACCGGCAAAGCACUAGAAACACCCGGAGCAAGGCGAUUUCUUAGGAAAAACCUAUAAUCUUUGCCAAAAAUGGUGCGAGAGACCGGCUACUACGACAUUCUCGGAGUAAAUCCGAAAGCCUCUGCGGAUGAAAUCAAGAAAGCAUAUCGAAAACUGGCACUAAAAUACCACCCGGACAAAAAUCCAAAUGAGGGAGAAAAAUUUAAACUAAUUUCUCAAGCCUAUGAAGUCCUGUCAGAUCCUAAAAAGCGAGAUUUGUAUGACCAAGGAGGUGAACAGGCUAUCAAAGAAGGUGGCAUGGGUGGAGGAGAGUUCUCCUCCCCUAUGGAUAUCUUUAACAUGUUCUUUGGUGGUGGAGGAAGGACACAGAGAGAAAGGAGAGGGAAAAAUGUGGUCCAUCAACUUGGCGUCACACUUGAAGAAAUGUAUUGUGGUUCCACAAGGAAAUUAGGUCUUCAGAAGAAUGUGAUCUGUGAGAAAUGUGAUGGUUAUGGAGGAAAGAAAGGAACUCUUGAGAAAUGCUCAAAUUGCAAAGGCAGAGGAGUACAAAUCCAGGUACAACAGAUUGGACCAGGAAUGAUUCAGCAGAUUCAGAGCAUGUGUUCAGAAUGCCAGGGACAAGGUGAGCGGUUCAGUGCCAAGGAUCGAUGCAAAAACUGCAAUGGGCACAAAGUGGAGCGCAAAAAGAAGAUUCUUGAGGUCCACAUUGACAAAGGUAUGAAAGAUGGCCAAAAGAUCACAUUCCAUGGAGAAGGUGAUCAGGAACCAGGCUUGGAGCCUGGUGAUGUAAUCAUUGUCCUGGACCAAAAGGACCAUCCUGUAUAUCAAAGGCAAGAAGAUAACCUAAUUAUGAAGAUGCAGAUAAAACUGGUUGAGGCUCUCUGUGGGUUCAAGAAGACAAUACAAACACUAGAUAACAGAGUGCUCAUAAUCAGCUCACCUCCAGGUCAAGUAAUAAAACACAAUGACUUAAAGUGUAUUCCGAAUGAGGGCAUGCCUGUGUACAGGGAUCCAUAUGAGAAAGGACUGCUCAUCAUUCAGUUUGAGGUUGAGUUCCCAGAGAAACACUGGCUUCCAGAGAAUAUGUUUUCCAAGCUAGAGACCCUGCUGCCCAGGCGGGAUGAAGUCAUGCUGACUGAUGAUAUGGAAGAGGUAGACCUUUGUGAGGUGGACCAUGAAUCCCAGAGGAGAAAAUACAGUAGAGAAGCAUAUGAAGAAGAUGAUGGUCCCAGAAGCCAUGGAGUACAGUGUCAAACUCAGUGAAACUUUUAUUCAUGAAAUCCAUUAAAACACUUCCUUUUUCUGUGUACAUUUGAUACCUGAUUUGAAAACUCUGGGUCUCAAAGUGCUUUAGCAACCUAGAACUUUCCUUGAUGCUGAAAUCUGUUAAACAUUGAAGUGGAAAGGACAGGUACUGUCUAAUAGCACCUCAGUAGAUCAGUAUGUAUUUACACAAUCCAACAUGGUGGAAAAUUACUGUAUAAUCUGUAUGUUGCUUUAAGUUUUUUUAAUUUUAUUAUAGUACAUUUAUGCUUAUCUUUUGAAUGUAUGUUUGGGUGUUUGCAUUCUGUACACUUUAUGGGUCUCUUAUUUGUAACUGUAAUUUGCUUGUUUCUCCCACAUGAAAAAGCUCAAGCUACCGAAGAAGGGUAUCUGUAUGCUUUCUAUGAAGGUAACACCCCUUACAAUACCUGUGUAUCAAAGGAAAGAAUUUUCCUCAAAUAAAACAAUUUUCUGAUUCUU